UUCCCAUUGAUUGCUUUCCACUCUCAGUUUUUGUUCCUUUCCUUUUAUGGAAACUCAAUUUGAGAUCUCUCUGAUGUCAUAAUGUCCGGAGAUGCUGCUGCCGUUCCCGCCGCUUCCACCCCUGGUUCCCCCAGGGACCGGGUCAAAUUCUUGUGCAGCCACGGCGGCAAGAUCCUCCCCCGCCCCGCCGACGCUCACCUCAAGUAUGUGGGCGGCGAAACCCGCGUCAUCUCUGUCCCUAGGGAUAUCCCCUUCCAAGAACUUAUGAAGAAGCUCACUUACUUGAUUGAUGGAGAAAUGAUACUCAAGUACCAGGUUGCAUCCGAAGACCUUGAUGCCUUGGUUUCGGUGAAAUCUGACGAAGACCUGCGCCACAUGUUUGAUGAAAUUGAUCGGUAUGAGAAUGCAGGAGCCUUGCGGCUCAGAGCCUUUCUCUUCCCUGUCAACCCUGUUGUGAUAGAGAGCCAAAUUGGCUCUGUCGACCCCCAUGCACUUGAGCAACGGUACAUUGAUGCCAUCAAUGGGAUAAUCCGCAUGGGACCAUAUACCUCUAAACAACACCCUACCAUCAAUGCCAUGCAACAAGGCUCGUUUGUUUCAUCUGGCUGCUCAUCCCCAAGGUCUCCGGAUAGCUGCACUGAAACUAUGACUAACGAGGUUGUGCUCCAGAGCAACUACUAUAACAGCCGACUCAAUAUACACAAGGUCCAGAGCUCACCUAGCAUAUGCAGCCUGAAUAUCCCACAGUUGAAUAUCCCACAUCCAAGCAACCAUUAUGCUCAUCAACUCUCUCCCCAAUAUGUUCAGCAGCACACUGGCUACCAGUCUCCUAAACCGCCUAUUGAUCACCAGAAAAGUGUCAUACCAGAAAGGGUCACUUCUGUCAGGUCUGUUGGCCGGAGUGAGGGGAUAAGAUACCAAGUGGAUCCUUCAAUUCCCCCCUUCUAUUCUAAUUCCAGGCAGAGCCGAGGAAAUGGAUUUUGCAUGCAGAAUGAUGAAUGCAACCAUUUCUCAGAUAGAAGAAUGAUUGACAAAACUGGGGGGCAACCUUCGAGCACGGUUUCUUCAAUGGCCAGUCCUAGCCACAAUGGGAUGAAGCCCUGUGAUAGCACAACGGCUGGGGAUAUUUGACAGAUUAAGUAGAUAUCAGGAAUGGCAGUAUACAACCUGGAGACAGCAUUUAGAUGUCAAAACGGUAUCCCAACAGUGUUUGACAGCCAAUUCUGGAUUGUUAGAUGCUAAAUAUAUUAGCUUUCUAGCAAAA